AAAAUGCAACGCCAUGCUUGUUUCGUAUGCAUCAAGCCUGUCGGUAACUGACGGUGUUGCGUAAUUGUAAUUCCCGAGUUUUAUUGUAAAUCGCAGUCUGUCGACUAAUUCUUAAUAAAAUGGUGGUGUAUUGUUACGUCGAGGUAUGUACUUCAACCCUGUAUAAAAAAAAGUCUCAGGAGAAUCAAGAACCAGUGUCAUUUCAUAAAUUUCCAAGUGAUCCAAAUCUCCGUGCUCAGUGGAUUAAGGCUCUCGUAGAAGGUAAUCACCAACUAAAUGCUGAUACAUUACCACAAAAUCCUAAGAUCUGCAAUCUGCAUUUCAGAAUGCAGGAAGUUGAAAAGACGGGAUUCAUGCACUUGCGUUUGAAACCAAAAUCAGUGCCAUCAAUAUUUCCAAAUGCAAGGAGAGAGAGUACUGCAAUUUGUCAGCUAGUUGAAGAUCCAAAUCUCAAAGCCUCUCAGUGCAACAAUGCAUUGCUUACUGAACCGGUUGAGAUUGUACAAUCUGUACUUCCGAUUCCUGGUAAAUUAGUGAAUUAUAAGGAAUUUGAUCAGCAUGGAGUAACAGAUGAUCAACAGGAAACUGAAAUUACAAUAGAACAAAUGUUCGCGACUCCACAGAAGAGGUUACGAUACACUGAAGAUGAACCUAUAUCCACGACUCCAAAGAAGACGGUGCGAUACCCUGGAGAUGUACUGAGUGACAAGAUUCCCGAUAUGUCCCCGCACACAAUGACUAACAAGGAAGGUUAGCCAACCCGGAAAUUCAGAAAACUCUGAAACUUUGUGUGCAUAUAGAGUAGUUUAUCCGUAACAUAACAUUAUUUUUUUUCAUGCUGAAUUACAAUUCAAGGGGAUGAAAUCACCCCUUGAAGAAAAAUAUAGGUAUUUCUAUUUUGCGAAAUAACUGCCAAACGGUGGAAAGAUAUAAAAAAAAGUUUAUACAAAAGUUGCAUCUCUUUUAUAUGUCUACAAAGCUGUGUACGGAUAAGUAUCGAAAAACUAAUGCUUUUCUAUUUACCCCCUCCACCACCCCUUAAAAUUGAAUUUUUUUACUUCGUAAAUUUACGUCAAAGUACUUCUCCCUGACCUCUUUUCAUACGUCGUAAUCAAUUUAUGUCUGUUAUAUUUAAAAAAAUAAAAUAAAAUAAAAACCUUAAAAGAAAAA